ACCCAUUAACCCCUUAUUGUCCGCAUCAAAGACCUUCUUUGCUUUACCACCGCAGGGGUUGCGGCGGAAGAUUGCCGGCGGUCGUGGGUGUAGACUCAGACCACCAUUUUGGACCGGUUCUCUUCGACGGAGGGAUAAAAAGCUCGCCGGUCGCCGGUUUCCAUCGUGAAAUUGAGAAGUUUAAAAGGUUUUAAUUAUGGCAACGGCGACAUACCCUCCACCGCCACCUUUUUACAGGCUUUACAAAGAUUACUUGCAAGAUCCUAAGUCUGCUCCCGAGCCUCCGCCGCCUAUUGAAGGGACUUACGUUUGUUUUGGAGGCAAUUACACGACUAGUGAUGUUCUACCAAGCUUGGAAGAACAAGGGGUGCGCCAGCUCUAUUCUAAGGGGCCUAAUGUUGAUUUCAAGAAGGAGCUGAGGUCACUCAAUGGAGAGUUGCAACUACAUGUCUUGGAGCUUGCUGAUAUUCUUAUUGAGAGACCUUCACAGUAUGCAAGGAGAGUCGAAGAAAUAUCUACUGUAUUCAAAAACUUACAUCACCUUUUAAAUUCAUUGCGUCCUCAUCAGGCUAGAGCAACUCUGAUUCACAUUUUGGAACUUCAGAUACAACGCCGUAAACAAGCAGUGGAGGACAUAAAGAGGAGGAGAGAAGAAGCACGACGGCUCCUUAACGAGUCCUUGGCAACACUUGAUGGUCACUAGAGCGUUCUCAAUCUUGUAUCCACAGCAAGAAUCAACUGAUGAAGUUAAUUUUAGAAUAGAUUUUAGCAAAUGAUGAAAAGAUUAAAACAAGAAAUUUGAUGAAAGCUGUUUUGCAGCUUGUGUAGAGAUAUUAGAAUUAGAAGAAUUGUGUGAGUGUUGCUACUAUCCUUAUAAAUAUUCAGUGUAUGGAAGUCUGAACUGUCAAUGUACGAUAGUAGUGGGACGAAUUUGCCUCUAUUGAAUAUUAUUUAAAUAAUAUUAUAGUACCAUCUUUAUGAGAACAGCACAUUAUCAGAUUUCAGGA